GAAAAUAACACAGAAAAUGAAAAUUACAUAACAAACAACUACCAAGAAAAUGAACAAACAAUAAGAAAAAGAACAAGAAGCGAAACAAUAAAUUUCAGUGACACAGAGGUAUAUCUGAGUGAAUCAGAAGUAUACCAAAGUGACACUGAAAAUUCUAGAUACUUAAAUGCAGCAGAAGAGUUAACCCCACCAAAUAAUUAAUAAUUUGAUUUGACAAGGUGUGAGCAGGAAAAAUGAUUUUUUUCAAUAUUAUCCAAGCAAACAUACAAUCACUGAGAAAAAACAAAGAAGAACUUAAACAUCUCACGCAAACACAAGACAUUCAUGGAAUAUGCCUACAAGAGACAUGGACCAAAAAAAAAUAAGAAUAUUAAAAUACCAGGGUACAACACCAUUAAAACAGAUAGGUCAGAUGGCUAUGGAGGAAGCUGUAUCCUUAUAAGAAAAGGAAUAAAAUACAAAGAAAUCAACAUCACAAAUCAAGUAGAAACAAUUCAAACCACAGCAAUAGUAACACUCAAAACAAAAAUGACUAUUAUAUCAAUAUACAUAGCACCACAGGCAAGCAAUAUAGAGAUAAAAAAUACAAUAGCCCAAAUAAUACACAAUACCAAAGACAUGAAAAAAGUUUUAAUAGUGGGUGAUUUCAAUGCGCACCACAGAUAUUGGGGAGAUGAUAAAACCGAUAAAAAAGGUGAAAUCAUCCUGGAAGAAUUUGAAAAUUCAGAAUUAAUAAUCCUACAUAACAAUACAUACACAUGCAUUCCAACAGACAAAAACAAAAGAAAAACUUCAAUAGACCUAUCAAUAAUAUCAAAAGAUAUAUUCCUAGAAACAAACAAACAAAUCACAGACUAUCAUAUAGGAGGCAGCAACCACAAAGUAAUAAAAAUUACCCUAAAAAUUAAAAACAGCUGCUCACCCACAUUCGUUAUAAAUAAAAAUAAAACAUAUAAACAAAUAAAUGAACUAGAUCACACAAAAAUUAACACAAUAAAACAAUGCAUCAAUAAAAUCAAACAGAUAACUAAAAAUAAUACUCACCGAACAAAACAUAAACUAAAAGUAUGGUGGAAUGAAGAAUUAAAAACUGCCUUUAAGAAUCGAAACAUAGCCAGAACUUCCUUUAAUAAUUCACGCACUAUAAAAAACUCAAUGGAAUGCAAGAAAAGAACAGCUAUCCUGAUUUACAAAAUAAAAAAACAUAAAAGAGAACUAUUUUACCACACUCUAGAUAGUAUAAACUCCCAAACUAAUACCAAAGAACUAUGGGACUUAGUAUACAACAUUAACAAUAACAAAAAUCAUGCCAAAGAAUCGAACAUUAUACACAAUGAUAAUAAAAUAGCCAAAGACUUUUUAGAUUUAAACUUCGAAAAAAAUAAAUUAUCCAAAUUUAGAACAGAUACAAACAAUGCAACCCAAAUAGACAUGGAAUUAAUUAAUAAGGAAAUAUGGACGGAAUUACUAAAAAACAAGAAAAAUACAGCACCAGGAAUAGACAAAAUAACUUACGAAAUGCUUCGUAGCAUAAACGAAGAAACACUCAAGAUCAUCAUAAAAGAUGCAAACAAUAUGUGGAUGAAAGGAAAAAUACACAAAAAUCUAAAACAAAUCAAAAUUAUAGCCAUACCAAAACCAGAAAAAGAUCCAAACAAUAUAAACAAUUACAGACCAAUCGCACUCAUUCCGACUCCUACAAAAAUUCUAAACUCUGCAGUACUCCUCAAACUAAAUAGACACAUAGAAUUAAGAAAGAUUCUACCAGAAACCUCUUUUGGAUUUAGAAAACACAAAACAAUAAAUCAAUGCAUAAAUUACCUAACAAAUCAAGUAUACCAAAACAAAAGGAAAAAUAACAUGACCGGGGCAAUAUUUAUAGAUUUAGAAAAGGCAUAUAACAAAGUCAAAACCAAAACACUGAUACAAAAAUUAAUUAACGCUAACACACCAAACCAAAUAACUCUAUGGGUUACUAAUUUCCUUAAAAAUAGAACAGUAGAGAUAGAAAGUAACACAAAGAUCAAAAUGCUAGUCACUAACGGAUUACCCCAGGGAGAUGUAAUGUCCCCAACUCUAUUCAAUCUAUAUACCAAAGAUAUACACAAUAAAGUAACAAAUGAAAACACAAAAUUAAUACAAUAUGCAGAUGACUUUGUGAUAAUUGCCAGAGGAAAGGACCAAAACGAAUUGAAGACCAAUCUUCAAACAUCUUUAAAUUCAUUCAUAAACGAAAUAGAAGAACUAAAUCUCCCCAUAAACACGGACAAAACUAAAUAUAUGAUAUUUAACAAUAAAAACCAAAAUUUCAACCUCAACAUACGAAACACACAAAUAGAAAUAACCAACACAUACAAAUACCUCGGCACCAUAAUAGACAAUAAGCUUAAAUUUCAUAAACACAUAGAAUACCUGAGAAAUAAAGCCAUAGAUAGACUAAACAUUUUAAAAAUACUAUGCGCAAAAAAUAACAAUCUAGACCCACAAAAAGCUCUAAUAGUAUACAGGUCAACUAUGCGAAGCAUAUUUGAAACGGGCUCAUCAUACUUAAACAAUAGCAACAAAAGCAAUAGGAAAAAAAUAAAUACAACAAUUAACCAAGCGAUACGCAAAGCUACAGGAUGCACAAAAACGACACCCAUCAACACCUUGCACGCUAUUGCAGCCGAGAUCCCAUUCCAAUUCAGAUCUAAAUUCAUAGCACGUAAAGAACUAGCAAAAAUAAUAGUAUAUUCACACAUAUUAAGAAAACAAAUAAAUAAGAUAAAAGAUAAUAACUACAAUAAUAAGUCAAAAUCAUACCAAGAGAAAAUAUAUGAAGAAGACUACAACAUUUUAAAACAUCUAUCCAUUAGCCAAAUGAACAACAUUGCAACAAAAAUAAACAUAGACACAACACUUAAUAAAGAAAUAGGUACCAAAGCAAACAAAAAUAAAGAGACGAUUAAAUCAAUAACCUUAGAAAAGAUGAAAAACUACAACAAUAAUGGACCAACAAUUUUUACGGAUGGUAGCUUAAAAGAUAAUCAGGCGGGAAUAGGAAUUUACAUAAAAGAUAGAAAACAUAACAUAUACAAAGAAUAUAAAAUUAAAAACAUAGCAUCAAUAGCAACAAUAGAACUGAUAGCCAUCGAAAAAGCUCUGGAGAUAGCUAAAAAAUAUAAGAUGAAAAACAUAAUCCUAUAUACUGAUAGCCUGACCUCAUGCAACAUCCUAAAAAAAGCACAAAAAGAACCACAAAUAGAAGGAAUUAUAUAUAACAUAUUACAAAGAUGCACCAGCACUAACACACAAAUUGUUUGGAUACCGUCGCACGUAGGUAUAAACGGAAACGAAGUCGCAGACGAAUUAGCGAAUAAAGGAUGCCUAACAAGUAUAGAAUUAGACAAUAAAAUAAGGUUUACUGAUGCCAAAGAUUUGUACCGUAAGGAAAUGGAAAAACAGGCUACAGAAUGGUACACAAAUGAGUCCAUUACUAAAGGACAGAAAUUCCUUAAUUUUCAAACUGAAUUCAAAACUGAAAUUUGGCACAAAAACAUAAAAAUUAGCGGGAAACAAAUAAAAAUAAUGAACAGAAUAUUAUCCGGGCAUGACUAUUCAGAUUACUGGCUAGCCAAAAUGAAAAUAACCCAAAAAGGUGAAUGUGAAAAUUGCAGAAAAUCAAAUACAGGAUGGCACAUGAUCUUUGACUGUCCUAAAUACAAUAAUAAUAACAAUAACAAUAACAAUAGAACAAAAUUUGAAGAUUUCCGAAAAACAUGGAGAGAACCCUCUGGAAAAACAAUAAGGCAAAUUAUAAAUUUCAUAAAACAAAAUCACAUAGAAAUAUGAAAAGAAUGAGAGGAAAAGGAGAAACAUCUUUUAUCUCUUCCUGCAAUGGAAGAUCAUUUAAAGAAAAAAAAAAUCUCCCUAAAACCUCAAAAAAAAACAAACAAACAAACAAACAAACAAACAAGAGAAAAAAAAUAAUAGCAUAGAUAACUAUAAUUAAUUAGAGAAAUAAAUGGAACAACACAAUCAGAUGGAAACUAACUGAAUUUUGUUUUCAAAACCCAGUAUAGUUACCCACACACACAUACACACCAAAUUCAAAAAAACGGACACAAAAACAACACCCAACAGACAACACAAAACAAUCUGAGUAUCAAACCUCGUGAAAUAAACGAUGUGACAACCAAAUACUGAAAGAAGAGAAAAAAAAAUAAAAAAAAAAAUAAAGAGAAAUAGACUGCAAGGUCUCUCUAACAAUCAAGAUGGUCAACCUCUGAUUAUGAUGUCCCACAACAUCAUAGGAGGACAAACCCCAUCACCCAAAGAAGAAGAAGAAGACAAUAAGCAAUAGAAAAAAAUUCCAUUACGGCAUCGCCAAAGGAAUGGACGACUGAUUACUUGGAGCAAUUGGAAAAUUGCAGCAUUUGUGAAAAGUGAAACAGUUUACCGACUCCUAUCUGGUUCCAUGCUACUCCUGGUAAUGUGAAGGAAUUCACAAGAUACAGCAGUAAACAGAUUUCGUUGGGCCGCGGAGAGUGAUGUGUGUUAGUGAGUGAAGUGCAGAUAAAGCGCAAAGAAGCAGCAUUGAAGCACAGAAUGUGCCGCAGCUAGUGAGCAUCGGUAGAAAUGUUGUGGAGUGGAAUGAAGAGAUAAGUGAUCUGUGCCCCCGUGUAACAGAGAGAGAGAGAGAGAGAGAGAGAUGUAAAGCACACGUGUGCUUUUGUGCGUUAAUGAUUUGCGGUUCAUCAGGUUCACCAAAAUAUACGUGGCAACACAGCAAAUAAUCUCAACCCAAAACCAACCGGCUUCGUUUUCUCUCAGCCCCCUCUGCAUCCUCCUGUUAUCAGUUGCGGGUCUAAAAUAAAAGUUUGCGCUGAGUAGCAAACAAAUAGUGUUGCCGAGAAGUGUUUCUUGUUGUGUUUGUGUGCGUGUGUGUCGGUCUGGUUGGUGGCUUGGUGCGUGUGUGCGAUUGGUACAGUGUUUGUGUGUAGUAUAGCUUGCCAGUAGUUGCUAUUUCCUGCCUCAAAACGGAUCAUCCUCGCAAACGGGGCAGCCCUCCUUCAUCGGUCACCGACGAGUCCUCGUUACCCUUGUCAGCGUCCGCCGGGGGCCGUGGGGGAGGAGGAGGAGGAGGAGGAGCUGGUGGUGGUGGCGGCGGAAGUGUUGCUGGGGGUGCUGGUAGAAGUGGUAGUGCGGGUGCUAGUGGAAGUGGUGCCGGGGGAGCAUCAGCAACAGCGGGCGGUGCAGCAGCUGUAGAAGGUGGGGCCAGAAGCAAGGGAAGAAAAGGGAGUACCGCAGGUAGUGGUAAAGGAGGAGGUGGUGGUGGUGGUGGUGGUAAAGGUGCUGGAGGUGCUGGUGGUGCUACUGCUGACGGAAGUGUUGGCGUCGGUGACGCAGAUCGCAGCAGUGGUGGCGGUAGUUCGGCGGCCAGCCAUCGACACCAACCAGGAUACCAUCGCCAUCUGCAGCAAGCGUCAACGGCGGCGGGUAUAAACCCAACGGCAACGACUACGACGACGGGCUCAUCAUAUGAGAAGACCAAUAACAUGGCUUCAUCAAAUCACCGCGGUAUACAGAUUGGAUCCGCCUGGUUUCAACGCAAAAUCAACCUACGGCCGCAGCAUCGUGGCGUCCACCUGGUGACGGAGGAGAUUCUACGGCAGAUGCCCGAGCUUGGUCAAUUUUCUGUCGGAUUAUGUCACGUUCAAAUUUUGCACACAUCCGCCAGCUUAGCGUUAAACGAAAGCUGGGAUCCAGACGUAAGGGAUGAUAUGGAAAUGAUGUUAAACAAAAUAGUGCCCGAAGGUCUACCAUACAGGCAUUCUUGCGAAGGUCCAGAUGAUAUGCCCGCUCACGUAAAAGCCUGCUUUCUUGGAAGUUCACUGACAAUCCCAAUCACCGAUGGCAAAUUGUCACUCGGUACAUGGCAGGGUGUUUGGCUGUGCGAACAUCGUGACCACGCGGGCUCCCGGAAGCUGGUGAUAACGCUCUCCGGUUGUCCCCGGGAUUCAGCGCGAAGUCCCCUGUCGCCAGUGUCACCGAUCGCCUCCACCUCCAGUUAGGGACGGCCGCGCUCUGCUCGCGAUAGUCGGUAAUCGUGGGUUAGAGCGGCUUUCUGCUGUAAGGUCAACAAUUGUUCAACUGCAACUACAACAUCAACAGCAAUUUUAACCAAAUCAACAACAGCAACCACAACAAGAAAUACAACUAACGCGAACAGUAAUGCUACUACUACUAAUACCAUUACUAAACUAAAUAAUAACGCUACUUACGACACUACUUUUACUACUACAACUACUAAUACUAUCACUACUUCUAAAACUAUAACGGUAUCAAAUUGUAAUGGAAGCGAAUCUGUUUGAAAAGUGCUGAAUGAACAAAGCAAUUGAGGAGGAGCAAGUGGAAAACGGAACACAUUAAAACAGCUAGCGAGAUAUUUAACAAAAUAAAUAAAACUCUAUAAAAAACACCUUUGCUAUCGCUUUUCGACGAAUCGAAUAAGCGAAAGAAACAAAUGCAAAACAUUCCGCUAAUUGAUCAACCAAAGUUGAAAUUAGCAAUUGAAGAAAUAAAAUGGUGAAAACGCGACAGAAACAGAUAAAUGUUUGGCGAGCGAAUAAAUAACAAACUGCUAAAGCAUGGAGUAAGAAAACUAGCAAUGAAUUCAAUUGUUAAAGCAUUUUUUUAGAAGCGUUACAAAGCGAGCAAAGCAAAACAGCAACCUCCUGAUGCCGUCACUUUCACAAUUGCAAACAAACAAUAGAAUGAAUACAACUGAUACAAACUUAUCCUUCCAAGUGACGCGUGGAACAUAGAUGCUGGGUGCAUAAUUCUAGAGGAAUGCAAUUGUUACAAAUAAAAAAAAAAACUUCAACUAAUGAGCGGUAGCAGCAACGCGUCGAGGAAAAUAAAUAGUAGCAUGGUGCGCAAUAAAUAAUCGCAAACGACGAUAGAGGAUUGGAACAAAUAUAGUUGCAGCAGGGUCAAAUUAAUAAGUGAAGUAAUUUAGGGAAUAGGUGUACGUGUGAGUGUAUAUGUGGGUGUUUUCUAAGUUUAAAUCAAGUUGGGACAUUCCUUUCGUUGUUUGAUGGAUAAUUUGUUGUCACGUUGUAAAUUGCUACUCAUAAAUGACCACACAUGUGCCGAUAAGUUAACGAAACUGUUACGGGGGGGAGGGUAGUCUGAUCUUUUGCUUUUGAUCAACACAUAGGGUUCUUAGUCUAGUAGUUUGCACUAGAAUCAUGUAAAUGCAUUCCUUGUGUUUAAAACAGUUUUAUUUACAGCGCAUUUUGAAUUGAAUUAUUGUUUGCCGGUCAAAAUCUACUUCAAAUCGAUACAGAAACACCACCACAGGGGCAUUUCAUGUGUGCUAUCGCUCUAGGAAUAUGUUAACCAAACUUUUAAAAAUAUCAUUUAUUGUAAUUUCCUGCCGGGGACCAUAGGGACACAUGUUUUUUAAAUUCCCCAUGCCCCAUUUCACAAAAAUGCACAGUCUUCACGAUCCUAUUAUUGUGCAAUCUAUACUAAUGUUGAAAUUCAAAUGAUAGGGAUCAAUUUUAUUACAUCGUUAGAAAGUUGUUUAUGAUUUUACAAUACAAAAAAAUGUAUUGAUUUGAAGUGGAAUUAUGUUAUGACGUUUGAUUAUUACAAACUGCUGAUCUUGCCAGGGAAACGAAACAUCAUUGAACGAAUAAACGUAACCGUAAAGAACAUA